AUGGAUCUACCUUGGCCAGAUAUCGCAAAGCUGACAGAACUGGACAGAAGUGGCAAAAGUUGCAGGGAGAGGUGGAAGUACCACCUGGAUCCUGAUGUCAAGAUAGAGAAUUUCUCCCAAGAGGAAGACGAUUCCAUCGUCUGCUUCCAGUCGCUCUAUGGGAAUAGCUGGUCUAGUAUUGCGGCUCAUUUAGCUGGGAGAACCGAUAAUGAUGUGAAGAACCGUUGGCACAACCAUUUGAAGAAGAAGCAGCUUGGGAGAAGUACCAGGGAUCAGCCACAUACCACACAACUCUUUCAUCUCAACCACAAUAUCGAUCCAAAUGCAAGCUCAAGCUCGAUUCCUACACUGGUUUCAGCCUCACAAGAAAUCGCCAAUCCUUGGUCCACUUCUCUUCCGAGUGAUGAUGGACUUCUCUUCCGAGUGAUGAUGUGA